AUGAGCCUGGCCGUUGUCCAGGGAGCCAGCCAGCAGCUGGCGGAACAUCGGGACAUGUCCCAAAACUCAGAUGAGGCAAUGGCACUAAUGGCAUCUGUGUGGACUGGGGACACUGAGUCUCCUGUGUGUGGAGACCAUCAAGGAGAGGCUGAAACAGCCAUUGUCUUGCCAGAAACACAGAGAGAGGAAGUGGCAGCUUCAUGGCCUGAGAUGCCUGUGCCAGAGGCUGGAGCAUGCCACUCUGCCCCAGAAGCAGCCAACGAAGGAGAAGCAGGAGCUUCUGCCUUUGAUCGUGAAUCUGGGCACCCGGUGAGCGAGGCACAUAUGGCUGGCACCGGAGAUACUGUGGAGAUUCAAGCAGGAGUCUCGCAUGGGCUACCUGUGGCAGAGAGAUUCCUGCUGCUCCCUAUGCCAGAGCCUCUGGAGGAGCCGGAGAGGAGCAGCAUGGCCCACACCAGUCACAGGCUCGACAUGCAAAGGAGAGCCAGCCUGCCUUGGCUGCUGGGCAGCUCUGUGGAAAGGGAGCUCCAGCAGCAGGAGGGCCAGAGGCCUCGUUUCGCCUUGCGGCGGGGACGGAUGCCCAGUCACAGGCAGGUGACGCCAGGGACCUUGGGCGAGGAAGCUGACGAUGAGGAGUUGGACGGAAAGGAAGAAGAGGAAUGGGAAGAGGCCAUGGACAAAGAGCUUUCUGAAGUGGAAGAGAUCACCAUACGCAACCUCUGGGUCAACCUCUCAGUCCCAGACCACUUCCAGGACACCCAUGCAGAUCCCCAGGAGGGAUCCAGCUGCCCCACCAGCAUGGGCAUGGACGCAACAGGAGAGGGAACCAGCCAACAGCUGGUGGAGUAUCAGGACAUGACCCAAAUCCUGAAAGAAACGGCCAGGACCAUCUCUGAAGAGGUCCUGAUCAUGAGCCUGGCCGUUGUCCAGGGAGCCAGCCAGCAGCUGGCGGAACAUCGGGACAUGUCCCAAAACUCAGAUGAGGCAAUGGCACUAAUGGCAUCUGUGUGGACUGGGGACACUGAGUCUCCUGUGUGUGGAGACCAUCAAGGAGAGGCUGAAACAGCCAUUGUCUUGCCAGAAACACAGAGAGAGGAAGUGGCAGCUUCAUGGCCUGAGAUGCCUGUGCCAGAGGCUGGAGCAUGCCACUCUGCCCCAGAAGCAGCCAACGAAGGAGAAGCAGGAGCUUCUGCCUUUGAUCGUGAAUCUGGGCACCCGGUGAGCGAGGCACAUAUGGCUGGCACCGGAGAUACUGUGGAGAUUCAAGCAGGAGUCUCGCAUGGGCUACCUGUGGCAGAGAGAUUCCUGCUGCUCCCUAUGCCAGAGCCUCUGGAGGAGCCGGAGAGGAGCAGCAUGGCCCACACCAGUCACAGGCUCGACAUGCAAAGGAGAGCCAGCCUGCCUUGGCUGCUGGGCAGCUCUGUGGAAAGGGAGCUCCAGCAGCAGGAGGGCCAGAGGCCUCGUUUCGCCUUGCGGCGGGGACGGAUGCCCAGUCACAGGCAGGUGACGCCAGGGACCUUGGGCGAGGAAGCUGACGAUGAGGAGUUGGACGGAAAGGAAGAAGAGGAAUGGGAAGAGGCCAUGGACAAAGAGCUUUCUGAAGUGGAAGAGAUCACCAUACGCAACCUCUGGGUCAACCUCUCAGUCCCAGACCACUUCCAGGACACCCAUGCAGAUCCCCAGGAGGGAUCCAGCUGCCCCACCAGCAUGGGCAUGGACGCAACAGGAGAGGGAACCAGCCAACAGCUGGUGGAGUAUCAGGACAUGACCCAAAUCCUGAAAGAAACGGCCAGGACCAUCUCUGAAGAGGUCCUGAUCAUGAGCCUGGCCGUUGUCCAGGGAGCCAGCCAGCAGCUGGCGGAACAUCGGGACAUGUCCCAAAACUCAGAUGAGGCAAUGGCACUAAUGGCAUCUGUGUGGACUGGGGACACUGAGUCUCCUGUGUGUGGAGACCAUCAAGGAGAGGCUGAAACAGCCAUUGUCUUGCCAGAAACACAGAGAGAGGAAGUGGCAGCUUCAUGGCCUGAGAUGCCUGUGCCAGAGGCUGGAGCAUGCCACUCUGCCCCAGAAGCAGCCAACGAAGGAGAAGCAGGAGCUUCUGCCUUUGAUCGUGAAUCUGGGCACCCGGUGAGCGAGGCACAUAUGGCUGGCACCGGAGAUACUGUGGAGAUUCAAGCAGGAGUCUCGCAUGGGCUACCUGUGGCAGAGAGAUUCCUGCUGCUCCCUAUGCCAGAGCCUCUGGAGGAGCCGGAGAGGAGCAGCAUGGCCCACACCAGUCACAGGCUCGACAUGCAAAGGAGAGCCAGCCUGCCUUGGCUGCUGGGCAGCUCUGUGGAAAGGGAGCUCCAGCAGCAGGAGGGCCAGAGGCCUCGUUUCGCCUUGCGGCGGGGACGGAUGCCCAGUCACAGGCAGGUGACGCCAGGGACCUUGGGCGAGGAAGCUGACGAUGAGGAGUUGGACGGAAAGGAAGAAGAGGAAUGGGAAGAGGCCAUGGACAAAGAGCUUUCUGAAGUGGAAGAGAUCACCAUACGCAACCUCUGGGUCAACCUCUCAGUCCCAGACCACUUCCAGGACACCCAUGCAGAUCCCCAGGAGGGAUCCAGCUGCCCCACCAGCAUGGGCAUGGACGCAACAGGAGAGGGAACCAGCCAACAGCUGGUGGAGUAUCAGGACAUGACCCAAAUCCUGAAAGAAACGGCCAGGACCAUCUCUGAAGAGGUCCUGAUCAUGAGCCUGGCCGUUGUCCAGGGAGCCAGCCAGCAGCUGGCGGAACAUCGGGACAUGUCCCAAAACUCAGAUGAGGCAAUGGCACUAAUGGCAUCUGUGUGGACUGGGGACACUGAGUCUCCUGUGUGUGGAGACCAUCAAGGAGAGGCUGAAACAGCCAUUGUCUUGCCAGAAACACAGAGAGAGGAAGUGGCAGCUUCAUGGCCUGAGAUGCCUGUGCCAGAGGCUGGAGCAUGCCACUCUGCCCCAGAAGCAGCCAACGAAGGAGAAGCAGGAGCUUCUGCCUUUGAUCGUGAAUCUGGGCACCCGGUGAGCGAGGCACAUAUGGCUGGCACCGGAGAUACUGUGGAGAUUCAAGCAGGAGUCUCGCAUGGGCUACCUGUGGCAGAGAGAUUCCUGCUGCUCCCUAUGCCAGAGCCUCUGGAGGAGCCGGAGAGGAGCAGCAUGGCCCACACCAGUCACAGGCUCGACAUGCAAAGGAGAGCCAGCCUGCCUUGGCUGCUGGGCAGCUCUGUGGAAAGGGAGCUCCAGCAGCAGGAGGGCCAGAGGCCUCGUUUCGCCUUGCGGCGGGGACGGAUGCCCAGUCACAGGCAGGUGACGCCAGGGACCUUGGGCGAGGAAGCUGACGAUGAGGAGUUGGACGGAAAGGAAGAAGAGGAAUGGGAAGAGGCCAUGGACAAAGAGCUUUCUGAAGUGGAAGAGAUCACCAUACGCAACCUCUGGGUCAACCUCUCAGUCCCAGACCACUUCCAGGACACCCAUGCAGAUCCCCAGGAGGGAUCCAGCUGCCCCACCAGCAUGGGCAUGGACGCAACAGGAGAGGGAACCAGCCAACAGCUGGUGGAGUAUCAGGACAUGACCCAAAUCCUGACAACCACCCUCUAA